AUGGCGAUUUUAUUAAUUCAAAAAAAAAAACAACAAUGGAAGCACCCGUGGGAAACCGUUACAACAGCUGCCAUGCAGAAAUAUCCCAACCCCAUGAACCCGAGUGUCGUGGGAGUUGAUGUGCUAGACAGACACAUAGAUCCACAUGGGAAACUGCACAGCCUUCGACUGCUCAGCACCGAAUGGGGAAUCCCCUCUAUUGUGAAAUCGCUCAUUGGUGCAUGUAGAACAAAGACAUACGUUCAGGAACAUUCUGUUGUUGACCCUGUGAAAAAAACAAUGGAACUUCAGUCCAGUAAUAUUUCAUUUACAAAUCUGGUUUCAGUAGAUGAGCGGCUUAUUUAUAAACCACAUCCUCAUGCGCCUGAUAAAACCAUUUUGACUCAAGAAGCAAUAAUAUCUGUGAAAGGGGUCAGUCUCAGCAGUUACCUAGAAGGAUUAAUGGAAAACACAAUCUCUUCCAAUGCCAAUAAAGGUCGUGAGGCACUAGAAUGGGUAAUCAAUAAAUUGAAUGCUGAAAUUGAGGAGUUCACAGCUUCAGCAAGACAAAGCAUGAGGACUUCUAUGGCAGCAGCAGCAUUUGCAGAGAAAUGACAGCAAAUAUACAUUUAUAAAUUACUAGUUAGGUCUGUGUGUCUGAAAUAAGGAACCAAAAGCUCCUCUUCAAACUGAAACAUAUUUAUUGUUAUGUUUUGUUAUUUAAGGGCAUAUCUAUGUAUUGGCUAGGUUUUAAGGUAAAACUUUGGAGAGAAGUAGCAAGUUCUUGUGAAUGAGGGUAACGUGUAGGGAUUUAACUAAUAUGUUGGUUCAACUAGACUGAACAUUCAUUUCAUAUGAAAUAAUAUCUUAAGAAUUCAAAGGUAGUUCCUGUAUUUACAGGAAUGCUUAUCAGUUUAAAAUGACUCCUAAUAUAAAAUAGUCUCUGUAGAUAAGGUUACAGACAUUGGAAGAGAUUGAUGUGAUAGUGAUUCCUACUUGAGUAGAAUUUAGUGUUAUUUUAUUCUUGGACUCUACCUCUUUGGGGACCAAACCCAAGAUUAAGAAAAAAUGCCUUGUUCAAGCAAGCUCCAUUGUAUUUGUUUUGGGCAGCUGUGUGAUAUAACUUGCUAUAAAUAGAAGAUUUAUUACUUGAAGCCUGAAAUGCAAAUGAAUGCAAAGCUUGUUUUUUGGAUAAACUUGCUACAAGUUCUGGUCGGACAGCUGAUUUGAAAUGGUACUUUAAAAGUAAACUAUAUCCAUCAAACGAUUUCUUAAUAUUUACAAGAAGUGUCAUCUCACAUAUUUUGAAUAGUGCUCAUCUCUGAGGCCAAAAUUUUGCCUUUAAAUACUACAUUAGUAGGAGUUGCCUGCCAUAACUGAGGAAGAAUUUAGACCAAAAUACUUUUAUCUUUUUAGUUCAGCCUUGCAGUAACAGAACCUCUCUAUUUAGAGGAGAACUAUAAUCUUAGAAGAAUUUUUAAAUGUAAUUUUAUAGACAGUUAAACUUUGUAGAAAAGUUUUAAUUUAUUUUGAAAUUUUGCAACAUAACUCAAAUUUAAAUUCUUAGAUUAACUUGGUCGAGGUGUAUUCUCAUUUGUAGGUAACAAUAAACAGGGUUAGCAAAAGUAAGUUUACAUUAAUCAUGCUUCAGAAUUUUUCAGUUAAACAUGGAGUCAAACUAUUUGAAUGCCAUUUCAACUAAACAUAGCAUCUAGCAUUAAAUUUUAGUUUAAUGCUCUGGAUUCUCUUAUCUUUUUUAUUAUUGAAAUAAAUACUUACAAACAGGGCAUUUUAAAUGAAGGAUUUAGGGAUCAAAAUCAGUAGGUAGUUUAGUUUCUUGGCACUAAGUUCCCAUACAUAAUCACUAAAGGUCAGAUUUUGCUAACUACUCAAAUAGCAAAUUUCUCUGUAGGUAAGCUCAUUGACUUCUAUGGUGGGGACGUGUAGUAAAAAAACAUGAAAAGGGGUAGGGGAAAUGUAGUACUAUAGAAACAGAUGUAGGAUUUAGUUGGCAAUCUUGCCAACUGGUGCCAAACGGUCCAUCUGGAGUUUCAGACCUAAUCAUACAGGUGUCAUUUUUGUUUAGUCUUUCAGAAGAGCUGAUAUUGCCUGUCAGGCAGUAUUUCUGUUACAUGCUAAUAAAGUAUUGUCUGUUCAGUGGUACAGAGCUAGAGUCUAUUCGCUGAAUAUUACUUGGUAUAGAUGAGAAGACAACAUUCUACACCUGCAUGUAGGAAUAAAGACUAGUGAAUGUGCAUAAAGCAACACUUAGAAGAGUUUAUUCACUGUAAAUUUAAUAUUUUUCUACUUAAAUAAUAAAGAUUCAGUUCAAAACCUAAUACAUUUGUAAAAAAAUCAUUAAGUUUUGUGACUUUUUACACCUGGAGAUUGUUCCUACAAUUAAUUUAACUAAAGGUCAAAAUGUUCAUACUUAAACUUGUGUAAUAAUUUAUGUGAGUUCUUCUGAUAAAGAUGCAAUACUGUUCCUAAACUUGUCUGUUGAAAGCAUAAACCAAGCUUAAUUUUUAUAUUUCAAAUUCAAACAACUAAUUUCGCUGUAUUAAGAGCCCUCUAAUUCAAACUGGCAAUUUGGUCUCAUUUUUUUCAGUGCAAGUUUUAUCAUUUUUAUCAAUAUUCAGAAACCAUUUAAAAGAUUGAGUCUCUUGUUUCUUAAUUGUGUGUGUGUGUUCCUGAGAAAUGAAGCAGUUUUGUGUGACUAUUUUAAACAAAACAAUGGCGAAAUCUGCUAGUUUCUAAAAUCGCAUGAUCCAUUGGAUACUUUUUAACUGUACUUUAGAAUGAGGCAGAUUAUUUUCAUUGUGCUGGAGGAAUUAAGGAAAACAUUACCCAUUGCAGGGGAUGGGUGUCAGCACUAGUUCAGCUGUACAGAUUUAAAUGCAACAUUAACUCAGGGUACCAUUGCUUCAGAAAACAUGCUUGAAACCAGCUUUAACCAUGAUUUCCUCCAACAGUGCACUUGCUGUUUUCAGCACUUGCGGUUAAAAUGUGUACAGCCCAGCCCAGCCCAAUCCCAACAACAAGUUCACUACAACUUUCUAAAAGUCACCAUUGAUAGGUACUCUGCUCCAAGGAAAGCUCAGCCUGUAGUGGAAGUUCAAAAUCAAGUGUACGAUAGAAGUAAGCAAGUGCCUGCAAAGAGAGUUCAUGGAAGAACUGGGUUAUUUUAGAGCCCUCUGAGUCUGGUGGGAAGGGGAAGAAGGUAGGCUACUCCUGCAUUUGGGAACAGUUUCUUUUUCAGGGCACUUGACACCUCUUUAAAUUUUGCCAUAAAAUGUAAUGCUUCUAACUCUAAAGCUGUGAUGCAAUAUAAUACAAUACCUCACCCUUCGGUGGAUAGAAUAUAAAACUACAUGUUGCUACAGACUGAUAAAUUUAUAAGGCCACUUUAAAAACACCUAGAAACUCAUCAAAAUUAUUUCAGGAAGGAAUUUCUGUUAACUUUCUGGUUACCACCCACAACAGAAUAUAAAUAUUGGUAUCACAGGUAUGUUCCCUGCAGCCCAUGUGCCUAAUCUUGCUACCACUGAAGUAAAUCGAAGAGACCUGAGCUCAAGAAAAUUCCUCGAAUUUGCUGGACUUCAGGCAAAGACACUUAUUUAUGGUGU